UGAGUCCUUCGCGACUCAUGUAGAAGCUCUCCAGAAGCCUCCCCUGUAGCAUUCUCGAGAACUCUCUCCCCCUUCCACCCCUAUAUAAACUCCCCAUCUCUCUUGUUGUUUCCAUCAACAAGUCACUGCAAAAUCAAAUCAUCAAUACAAACAAACACAUUACUCACUUGUCACUAUGGAUUUGAGGUUCAUGGGAAUCGAUCACCCACUCUUCGACACUCUCUACCAUAUCCUCGACGACGACGAGCAAGACACCACCGACACCGGCAACACCAAGAGAAACAAGUCCAGGCACGAACGCCGAUACGUCCGCGACGCGAAAGCCAUGGCGACAACUGCAGCUGAUGUGAAAGAGUACCCGAACGCCUACGUGUUUGUGGUGGAUAUGCCGGGACUGAAAUCAGGGGAUAUUAAGGUCCAGGUGGAGGAUGGGAAUGUGCUGGUGGUCAACGGAGAGCGGAAGAGAGAAGAGGAGGAGGGCGUCAAGUAUCUGAGCAUGGGGAGGAAGGUGGGGAGGUUUUUGAAGAAGUUUGUGGUGCCUGAGAAUGCGAAUUUGGAGAAUAUCAAGGCGGUUUGUCAGGACGGUGUGUUGAGUGUCACGGUGGAGAAGUUGCCGCCUCCGGAGCCGAAGAAGCCUAAGACCAUCGAGGUUCAGAUCGCUUGAGUUUCGGGACGGUUCUGGAAUGUUCGUGUUCUGUUGUUAGAAAUAAGUAACUUAAAGUGUCACUUUGUUUUUGGUUCAGCUAGUGCCUAGUACUAGUAUGUAAUGUAAUGGAUGUCUCUGUGUGUGUGUUUUUCUGGUGUGCUAUGGUUGAUGUGGUUUUCCUUUCUAUGUAAUGCCUAGUGUUUCCUUGUUGCAGUUGCA